AUGACACACGACGAAACAGAGAAAAGGGUAGGGGAGCAGGAGCUUGCUGCUUUUCAGCUACAUGAGGAAUUGGAUGAGCGUAGGGACAGGAACGAUGGUGAGCUUGAAUCCGAGUUCAACUUGAAUUUGUAUGGGACCAGUUCUAAGCUUACCUUUCGUUUAGUGAUCAACCAUCUGGCUAUGUGGAUCUACGGACAAUGGAGACGAUCUCUUCCAAAAACCAGGGUAUCCCACUGUGAUUUGCGUAUGAUAUGUACAAUGCCAUUGGAUAUCUUGUACGAGAUUUUCGAGCAUCUACACCCAAUAGACCUCUACCACAUCAGCCGCACCAACCGCAGUUUCCAGGACAUCCUGCGCAGCCCUAGCUCCAGCUCAAUUUGGCGGGCGGCCUACGAGAAGGAGGACGAGAUCCCCAGAUGUCCGGAGGAUAUCUCGGAGCUUGAGUGGGCGGAUUUGUUGUUUGGGAAGCGGAUCUGUCAGCAAUGCGGAAACGGGGGUGCCCCUCCCAACCUCACCUUCCGCCAUCGCUUGUGCAGGAAGUGUGCGCGUCUUUGUCUAGUCAAGCAAAGGGAUCUCGUUUUUCCAAGCUCGUCAAUUUGGAGUCUAGUUCGUCGAAGUCAGGUUAUCAACAUGUGUCCCGAUGGCACUUUUGAUGACGACUGGCCUCUAUACCUCAAAGACGAAUCCAAGCGUAUUGAUCUACGGUUGUCUCUUACCGUGGACUUUGCGGACAUCAAGAAAGUCGUCGAGGAACACAACAAGAAGAGAAAUCUGGACAUUGAUUCAAUACGUUCGCACGUACUGAAAACGUUUCGCUGGGCUCAACGCACCGCGCAGGCUUACCAAACCCAACGAGAGGUGAGGUACGAGCGAAACAUGCGACGGGUGCACGCUCGUCUCGUCAGAUCAGGGCACACCCUAAUCGACGUCCAAAAAGCUCAAUUCGAUGAAGACGUACUGGAUGAGAUCAAGGAUCUGAAAUCGUCUUUACCAACUAGGAUCUGGGACUACCUAAAACCCCAACUCGAACCCGCCAUCCACCUGGCCCGCCUCACCCGACUCGAAAAAGCUCGCAAGCAACUCAUCCGCGCCCGCAUCUCAUUCAUUAAAGACCAAUACAACCAAUACAAGAAAGACGAAACGCACCCUUCAACGUGGUCGUACCACCCACCUCUAUACACAGUCUGCGAAUUUGAUAUGCUGAGGAGGUUGAUUGAGAGGGAGGGAGACGAGCUGUUGAGUGCUGACGACGAGGGUGUUAAGGAUGCGAUGAGGACGUUGCCUGGGGCCGUGGAAGAGUGGACGAGGGAGAAGAUGAGGCAGUUGGCGGGGCUGUUGCCUGGUUCGAGGCGCGUUGGCGCUGAUGCAUGCGACGACCUCACCGGCGACGCCAUGUCCAUCGACUCCCCACCACGAGAACCCGACGAACCGGAUCUCCACCUCCUAAACCUCGCCACGUCCGUAUUCACCUGCCUCGGCUCGACGAUAAGCUCCAUACGCGCGGGGAGGUGUUUGAUAGGGUGGGACGGCGCAGGCCCGCAUCUGCGUUGUGGGGCGCUGCAGACGCAUUGGGAUAAGAGGUUGCAUUUUAGUAGGAGGGGGUAUGAGGCUGCGGGGGCAUUGGUUGAGCUUGUUGGGUGGGAUAAGGGGACGGCGACGGUGGGUGAGAUGGAUGGAUUUGAUGGACGGUUUGUUUGUGGGGGGUGUACUAGUGCGAGUGCGGGGGAGGGGGGGAGGAAGGCGUUGACGUGGCGGGAGUGUGUACUUCAUUACAUGGAAAAAGAAUCCGACCUCGCAAGGCACUCCCGCCCCUCUUGGAGCCUCUUGACGGACGAAGCAAAGGCGGACGUGGUGAGAAGGGAAGAGUUCGAUCCGUAUAUCAAGGAUAAAUCGUGGACGUGUGCGCAUUGUUCGGUGCAUUAUUUGGCGCCGGUGGAUAGGAAGGGGGCGAUUGAUCAUUGUAAAUCUGCGCACGAAAUCCGACGCCCAAUUGAAAACCUCGACUACCUCUACGUCAUCACGACGGAACGAACUCCCCGCAGACCAGCUGUAUUCCGCGAGAUUGCGGACUGCUUGUGUUUGCGUUGUCCUGAAACGGGUGUUACCCGAUUGCGGACGCUUGGGGCUUUGGUGCCCCAUUUACGUGAUGCACACCAGGUGGAGGCACCGUUGGUCUGCCGGGAUUGGGUACAGGUGCGGACGAUCUUGCGGUCUACUAUGGACUUGCCGCAGCUGCAGCGUGCUGAGGGCCCCCUUCGAUGA